CAGCGAGCCGCUCUCUGGGACAAUGACUUCGGCCCGUUUCGAGCUUCUUCGUAGCUCUGUGGUCCAAGAAGCCUUACCUCAACCACCGGAUGUUCCCUGUCACAACCUCGAACCAGGGGAUUGGAUCUACGUAAAGGUCUAUCAACGGAAAAACGCACUUCAACCCAGAUGGAAAGGACCUUUCCAGGUACUUCUGACCACUAAUUCUGCUGUUCGUUGCCAAGGUCACCAAACGUGGACUCACGCCUCGCACUGCAAGAAGGUAUCACCUCCAUUGGACCCCGAAGCAGCUGUAUUCCAACCAAGGUUGGGAUCUUUCCCUGAGGCCAAGGACAAAGACCCUCAGGACCUCACUCAGGCAAGUGAGGAGCAUCAGGGUGCAAGUGCUAGUAACCUCUCCCCUGCACCCAACACCUCAGCCCAGCCGGAUUCAUCAGUUGAAGAACGAAGAUAUCAUCUUCGGCCUCGAAGAAAGUGAAUGCUCCCAUUCGGAAGAUCACCACCUCGAUCAAGAGCAAGAGCCGACAUUAUCAGUCCUUUAGGUAACUUGAGCCCAGAGGACGAAGAAAGACUUUGGCUGCCAUCCUGGGUUUGGCUGGUAGUGUUCUUUUUCUUACUGGUGCUGGUUAUGUUUGUUGUUAAGAUUCUUUGUCCCUCCUGUAUCUAAAAAUGGCACUGAUAUCCUUAUAUAUCACACUUGGGUAUCUCAGUAUCACCCAAGGGGGGUGGGAGAAAAAUUUGUAUUUGCAGAUCUCCCAUGCGGUGGCUCAAGCUGGAAAUAAAAGUGACUGCUGGAUAUGCUCUCACAGCCCAGCACACCUACACCAAGGAAUCCCAAUGAUCGGAGUACCAAUAUCCCUCCAGCAAUGGGGAACAAUAAACGGCGGCUUCGUUAGACACUACUCGUUAGCUGCCCAUCGGUCCGCUCCUAAAGAAUGGAGGGCUGCCCCUGCUAACUGGAUAAUCUCCCCAAGAAUAGAGGCGCCUUUCUGUUACAGAUCCAACAACACCGGAGCUUAUAAUAAAGCCACACCUGUAGGACACUACCCUCUUGCCUAACUACUCUAGAUUAUAGCCCUAGUAGCACCAGUGGAAUCCUGUUGGGUAACGUACCCUCCCUCAAUUGUACAGGAUUCAUGGUCUACAACUUUUCUAAGGAACCUCAUGUUGCUCUCAUUGCAAACAGAUCGGAAUUUUACAUUCACUCCAAUUUUACUUCUUGUAAUAUGUGUCGGUCCAGCAGGAUAGCAGCUGAACGUGGACCGUCCUAUACGAUGCAUAUCAAUCGAAAGUGCCGGAUAGGGCACAACAACUGUCGAGAUUUGAGUACCCUUUCUGCCCCAGGCCUUUACUGGCUCUGCGGAAACAGGGCUCAUAAAAUCUUGCCCUGGAAUUGGGUGGGGGCAUGCACUCUUGGACGUGUUAUCCCUGGUUUCGAAAUGCAUAGUGCAAUAUAUCUGGAACAAGUAAACAAUUUCAACCAUCACAUGAAAAGGGCGGUUAACCCCUUAGCUACCAGAAACACGGGGUUCCAUCGAUUUGUGAGAACCUUCAUACCGUGGCUUGGAGUAAGAGAAUUGGAACUAGCCAUAAUUAACAUUUCAGCCACAAUGGAAGCUAUGGGAAAUGCCACUGCGGAUGCAAUUCAGGCUCUGCAAAAAGAGAUCUCCCAGAUCUCACAAGUAACUAUACAACACCGCAUAGCCCUAGAUUACCUAUUGGUAUCCCAGGGAGGAAUAUGUGCCUUAAUAAACUCCACCUGUUGUGUCUAUGUCAAUCAGGACAUGCGAAUCAAAACUGACAUUCGCAAAAUCCGAAAUCAGUUAAGGGUCCUACAUCAAGUGGCCUCAGAAAAUACUGACUGGGGUCUAGAAGAAAUGUGGUCUUGGCUAACCUCCUGGCUCCCAGAUUUCGGGGCCCUUGGCAAGAAAAUCCUGUAUGGAAUAUUGUUUGUCUUGAUAGUUCUGAUAAUGUUCUAUGUCUUAAUGCAACUGAUCCUCUGCUGCGUGAAAGCCAGCAGGGGAAGCUUUAGCAAGGCAAGAAAACCCACAGCAGAGUCUAGAAUAAUGGUGUUACAAAAGUGUGAGCGGAUUGAAAGAAAACAUGAAAGGCUGCAUGAUGAAAUAGAGGGGCUCAUGAGAAUGGAAAUUUAAGGCUAAAGUGAGACUAAAUAGUCUCAAAGGGGGGGGGGGGGCUGUGGAAUCAGAAAAAAUAUAUGCCUUAAACUUUGAUAAUUUUAGUUAUAAGAUGACAUAACCGCUUUGUGUAGAAUUGCUGGCUCGGUACAGUAGAACAGAUAAGGGCAAGUGUUUGUUCUUUGUAACUCUUCUGCAACUGCUUCACUCACCGCAGCCUUGAAGGUAGAAAAAAAAUAUGUACAAAGUAGAUUUCCAGGUGCAAGAAGGAGGUUUGUGAACUAACCCUACCUCCCCCAUAAUUCCUAUCCUGAUAACAGCAAAGAAAUAAUGAAGUAAUAUUAUAGCCGCUUUUCAUGCUAAUUUCACUAUAUGAUCACGUGAGUUGUAAGUGACUGUUAAAAAGUAUAUAAGCCUCCUGAUUUUGCUCUUGGGGGGGGACCCCUUCCAAGUGCUUGGGAAAUCCAUGUCACUUUGGAACUCCCCCUACAGCUAUAGUUUCUUUUGAAUAAAAGCUUCUGCUGACCUGACCCAAAAGUACUCUGUGUGUGUUUCCACGACACUAUCAUUUAAUGAAAAUUGUAUUGCCUUGUUUGCAUCCCCUUCCCCAAAUUGUUUGGCAUCCCUGUGCCCAGGGCAGAUGCACCCCA